CAACUGGCCAUUUGUCUGGUAUCUGAUUCUUUCUAUAGUGAUUUUGUUUUAAGGUCACCUGAGUGUACAAACCUUUGGGUGCUUUCUUUGGAAAUGUUGGGAAAACGUUUGCUUCCUUCAUCAUGCACUGAUGGUAUUUUGUCAUAUAGAGUAAUACUACUAGUGGAUAUUAAUGUACCUUUCAAAGCCCUGACAGGUAAAAAUAGUGACCCCCGAGAUUCAGACAUCAACCAUAGAGUAUGACCAAGUCCAAUUUGUAUCUUUAUAAAGACAAAUGUCCGUCUUUAAACUCUGAUACUUGACUGUGUUUUUCAUCGGGGAGCUGCUAAUAGCUACUAAAUGCACCACAUGGCACUGAUGGAGUGAUGGGUCUUAACCUCAGCACUAGCCUAGUGGUCCAUCCUUGUUUCAAGACACCUUCCUCCUCCCAGAAGCACAACAACACAAUAUCUCUACAAAAGACACGCAUGCUCAGAAGAGCUGUGGAGUUAUAAUAGGGAGAGCCUUCAAAGACCAUCCAUGUUCUGGCUUGUUCUUUAUGGCAGAGCAAGUCUUCAUGCAGAGUAAGAGGACUAAUGAAUGUCAAAUUGAUUAGAAAUGCCAUUCGCUAGGAUGGAUCCUUUUCUGGUCUCCUUCCACCUUUGGAGUUCUGAGAGUUUACACACAAUCAUCAGGGUCUGAAAAAGGUCUGAAUUUCCUCCGAGUGAGAGCCAACAACACUUUUCAUUUCUUGAAUGUCAUGUUUGAAAUGCUUCUAUCAUUAGCCCACAGCAGACGGAUGAUCAGCGUCUCACUCUCAAGUUGUUUUGAUUUGGCUUUAAAAAAUAAUAAUUGAACAACUGUGCUGCAGUACUGAGCGCUGCAGCAGUCUCACAGCCUGAGCGGACUGAUGGCAACAACCUGUCGCCAUUGGUUGACAGCUUGUGUUGUAUUGAUCCAGUUGCAUUAAUCAAGCUGUUUACAAAGGGGGCACAGCGACCAAUGAUGGAUGGCUGCUUGUAAUUAUGCAAGCGCCAGCAAAGAUCACACCGCUCACUUAUGGUGUGCUGACAGUCGAUCAAAAAUAAUCGACGUUUUUAACUAUUUCUACAGCAGUCGAGACAUGUUGACAUGUCUUCAGCUGUUGUCCAUAAAGCAUGUAAGGAAAAGAGGACGGAAGGGAUUAUAACAAAGCUAAAGGAGAGAUUAGGAGAUAGGAAGUUGCUGCUAAGCUGACUCCAGCUCUUUGCCCUGCUGAUGCCUCGUACAAAAGGAGAGGGCACAAGUGGCAGGAUGAAAAUUAAUUGCAUUUUAAUAAUUGCCGACUCUUCAGUGAAAGAGCUCCAUGUCCCUGUGUUAUUUUUAGCAGUGAGUAAUUCCUCCCAUCGGCGGCUGUGUUAAAGCCUUUAGUGUUUCGUUUGACCCUAGCACAUCUUCAGCUUUCUGCUUUGCUCUGUUACCUCCCAUUUAAAGCUUCGCUUCACUUUGCAGAAAGCAAAACACCACCAGGUCCGCCGUCGAUAUGGUUUCAAGGCAGCCACUGAUUUGAUUCUCUUGACUUUAGGCCCUUUAACAAAUAUUUGAAAUUCUUAAAGUAGCCCCCCUCCUAACCCCAGAGUAGCGUACACAACCUUUUGGACCAGAUUCAUCACAGCUGAGGUCCAAAGUUGACAUCACCUAUCAGGGGCUCCAUUACCAGUUCAUUAAACAAUAUUAAUUGGGGGCUUUAGGUUUGUUAUUUUUGAACCAUUCGUUUCCCACAUUGGAAUUAUUAAACAACACAAAAACGUUAACGAGUUUUACGUCUGAGAGCUGGAUUCACAAACAGGAAGUGAGCGUGGAUGUUCUCUCCUCCACAUAGGUCCAAAAGUUGACAGUCCACUAAUUCUUCAUUGAAGGAACCACGUUACAUAGUUUAUGAAGCUAUCACAAUGCUGUCGUCACAAAAACAAGUCUGGCCAGGCUCCAUGGACCAGAUUCAUUCAAUUAUAAACCAGUGUUUGUCCUGCUGGAACGCCCAACCAUCAAAACAAGAUAAUAUGUCAGUAAUUCAACCUAAAAUAUGAGAUGGACUCGUUCCAUGCAAAGCCAGGUCUUUCAAGCCUUUAUUUCCUAUAAUUGUGAUGAUUAUAGCUUACAGCUUAUGAAAACCCCAAAUUCCAAUUUUCAGACAUUUAUAAUAUUAUAUGAAAAAAAGAAACAAGGAUAUUUAAUAGAUAAAUGUUGCACAUCUGAUAAAAUGCAUACGUACUCAGUACUUGGUUUGGGCCCAUUUUGCUUUGUAUAUGAACUUUUGUACGAUGGUCUUCGUUUGCAAGUUGCAGCUGUACUUCCUCAUUUCUGCUGAAGUUCAACAUGUUGGAAAGCUGGAUUGCGCUUGGGUUUGACCUAUGCAUGUCAACCUAAUUAACUUUAUUACUUAGACUAAUGCUCACCUAUUUGAAGUAAGUAUUUUGGAAUCUGAAGUUGUUUGAAAGUAGACCCAGAAGGCGAUUCGAUUCAAACGCUAUGAUUUCUCCGGCAGUUAGCCCAUUUUUCUAAGUGCUGGUUCAUCAAAUAAGUGUUGUUGAAAAUAAUAUUUUCAUUUAGGCAGAAAGACACUACCAGCUGACGUCAGUCAUGAUCUCUAACAGGAAACUAAUAAGCCCUGGCAUUGUGUAGUUAAGCCUUUCUAGAAUUCCCACAUUCCUGAACAGGAACUAGGCAGCUUUGGCUUGCUUUUAGCACCCCCUGGUGUCCGUUUGUUGAACUGAAAGCAAAAUCUACCUCCUCGCUGUGCGUUCAUCUUUUUAACACCCUAAUCUAACAGCAGAGAUGUCUCUCAGCCUUCAUCAGUGUCUACAGGAGUGAUUCAUCACUAAACUGAACAAGUCAGAUUUGUUCAUGAUCUAAAUCAUGAAAUGUGCUGGAAGCAGACAGCAACGCCAGGUAUGUCUGCUCCAUUUCUUCCAAGUCCAAAAGAGAAGCCCGCUACUCUGAAGUUGCAAGUGGACUAUUCUGGCCACAGGGGGCGCUAGGGGCUGGGUGGACUUUCAUUAACCCUGUAAAGGGUCCCUUUAAUUCAGGGGUGGGGAACUCUGGUCCAUCGAGGGCCGCUAUCCAGAACGUUUUAGUUUCAACCCUGCUUCAACACACCUGAUUUCCAUUAACAGGUGAUUCACAGGCUUUGCAGAGCCUGAUGAGCUGCAGAACAGGUGAAUCAACCACUGACUCAGUAGUGUUUGGAGUAAAGACAUGCAGGAUACUGGCCCUCGAGGACCAGGGUUCGCCAUGCCUGCUUUGAUUAGCUCAGAUGACGGAACAUAGAAAAGCCACAAUAAAUUUAAAUUUGUGUUUCCAACCCUUAUUGUUAAAUGACUGAUUUCAUAAGACCAUUCCACACUUGGUGGUCAUUUAAAGUCCCGAACAUCUGCCUGCACCUGCACACAGGUGCAUCACCACUGAACAGGACAGUCCUCUCGUAUCUUCUCAUGACUAGUGACCAGUCGGCUCAGUCUGUGUGGGCAGGGCUGCUUUUCCCUGGCUUUGGCCUGCUGCAGAAAAAUACAAUAAAUAAUACAUGAACCCCGUUUUAAAGAGUAACCAUUACCUUUCCUUUGUGCUCCACUCAGCUGCUCAGGACCCAGCUAGGUGUGCUGCACCUUUUUAUUUCUCCUUUAGUUUGCAGACUUUUCCCAUUUCUAUUUUUAGUCUCUUUCUAUUCUCGACACCUUUAACCCCUCAGCUGGCAACUUUCCAUCCCCUUUAGCUCCCUUUGCAGCAGUUUGGUAGCAUUUUCCUAUAUCUUCACACAAGGCAUGAUCAAAAGUCUUCACAUCCAGUUUCAUGUCACUGAAGACAAACACCCAUGAAAAAAACAAAAAACAACAUAAAAUGUAAAAGGAGUAAACAGGAAAACAAUCCUCCAGUGGGCUGUGUGUGCUUCCACCAGGCAGGGCUGUCAUCCAUCACCCACUCACUCUGGUGUAAUACUCUCCAGCUCUGGCUAGCUAACCAGCCAGAAAAGUGAGCAUGGAAUUGGAUUGUGGUUACAAACAUUGCACCCAUAAAGACAAAUCAUCAGUACUAAGGUGCCAGUGUCUGAUGACGUUGUGUCUUUAUUUACUGGCCUCACAGGGCUGCCACUCCGUUCUACAGUGGCUAGUACAGAAGGAGGCCUGGGGACGGUGAGUGGUGUCCUCAGAUAUUCUACUGCCAGUACACGCGUAUGUAUUUACACAUAUAACACACUACUUUAUACGUACAUGAUGUUCAUGUUUUGCAGCUUCCAGUUCGGUAACAGUAGUGCCUGCCCCUCUACAUGACGUAUACGGGUAAAAUCAUAAAGUCCAGCAGAACAUUUACCAGUCAGAGUAAAUGUCUUUGCCUGGGAUUAUAUCAGCUCGUGGCUCUGCACUGGAGGAAGGAUUCAUGUCUGCUGUUGUAAUUAAAACCCAGAGAUUCUGGCGUUGUCACUCUCCCGAUGCCAGCAGUGUGUUCUAACGCUGAUGCAACAGUGCUCUGUGGUUAUAAAUAACCUGCUCGGUGCUAAUGUAAACAUUCCUCUAAUAAGCAUCUCUGCACCACCACCUGCCGCCACAUGGAUCUGUCUUCUUCAGUGAUGUCGACACGUACGAAGAGCAGGAGGAGAGGGUCUGGGAUUACAGAAGGAAAACGGCAGCAGAGUGGUUUGAUGGAUGAGCAGUUAAAACAUCCGGCUUCACCUAUCAGCUCCUCCACUCACGGCACGCUUUAGGAGGCUUCUCUGUUUGGUGAACUAAGACUUUAAAACGCUUGUAGCUCCUCAUCUCAACACGUCACUGGCUCCUUUUCUGCUCUGGGUUAUGUCGUUGUUCACUUCAGACUUAGGAAAACAUUUUAUUUUACAGACGUCAGGUUGGGUCUUGGAUUCCUUUUAUCCCAAGUACUGCAGGGAAUUGUACGAAUGUGUUUCACAAACAGUCAGGUUUUCUCUGUGCCAUCCUCUGUGAGUAAACUGUGUGUUGUGGUGGAGGGUGUGUGAGUGUGUGGGAGCAAGCACACACGAUGACCACCGACUGGUUGUGAUUCGAGCUUUUCCUACCACAGGUAAAGGACCAGAGACGCUGUUCGCUGGCCAGAAGCUGAAUGACAAUGAGUGGCACACGGUGAAGGUGGUGCGACGGGGCAAGAGCCUGCAGCUGUCUGUGGACAACGUCACAGUCGAAGGCCAGAUGACCGGGGCCCACACGCGUCUCGAGUUCCACAACGUUGAGACGGGCAUCAUGACGGAGCGCCGCUUCAUACCCGUGGUGCCGUCCAACUUCAUCGGUCACCUGCAGGGCCUGACCUUUAACGGGUUGCCGUAUCUCGAUCAGUGCAAAAACGGAGACAUUUCCUAUUGCGAACUAAACGCCCGCUUUGGCAUGCGCCACAUCAUCGCAGACCCGGUGACCUUUCGGACAAAAGGCAGCUACUUGGCGUUAGCUACGUUGCAGGCGUACGCCUCCAUGCACCUCUUCUUCCAGUUCAAAACCACCACGCCUGACGGCCUGAUGCUCUUCAACUCUGGAGACGGCAGCGACUUCAUAGUUGUGGAGCUUGUGAAGGGGUAUGUCCACUAUGUCUUCGAUCUGGGUAACGGCCCGUCACUCAUGAAGGGAAACUCAGACAAACCACUCAAUGACAACCAAUGGCACAACGUGGUGGUGUCCCGGGAUGCCAACAACGUACAUACGCUCAAGAUCGACUCACGCACCGUAACACAGCACUCCAACGGAGCCCGCAACCUGGACCUGAAAGGUAACGGCAUUUCAUCCUACGCUGCACUGUACCGGGGAGUGGGACCGCUUAAAUGAAACAACUGUGUGCCGUCCUUGUUCCACCCCUCAAGUGUUGGAGAGAAGCCAUGAAUGAACUCCUGCCCACAUCUAAAUUAGUUCUGCUUUGCGAAUGCUGCUGGCUUCCAGACAAAGUCUCAUUUCAAUGUGUAGGUGACCAAUCUUCACUUGUUCUGGUGCACGCAGACCCACUCUGCUAAGGUGGUUUCAUUUGUCUGCUUCACGGGGAAAAAAUCCCAAAACAAUCAUAGUUUGUCACUCCAACCUUCACACUUUGUUAUUUUGCAGUUCCUCUAAAGAACGUCUAGAUAGCGAUGCUUUUAGGAUUAAAAAUAGAGCAGCCGCUGAAAAGGUUGUGACUUCUGUACUAUUUACUUCUAACAAGCUCGGUAAACCUUAGUUUGGAGAAACUGAGAUGACCUUUGAUGAAAGUCUAGUCCAAUACCAAAUGUUGCUUCAAACCUCUUUAGACACAUGAACUAGCUCUUUGAGUUCGUGUCUUAAUCCUUUACAACAAGAUACGUUUAGUUUGUUAUCAAAGAAGAACUGCAUGGGCGAUUUCAGAAGCGAGGCUUGGCUCGGCGUGUCCUGGUUCAAGACCAGACACACAUGCUGGCAUCUCCCCUUGGAGAUGUCCUUAGGACACAACAAGCACUACUCGCCAAAUGCUCAAACCGUAGAGCAAGGCUCACACCUUUAACUAGCACCAAAGUUCAGCUGACACACCUAACAGAUUUCCAUAAAGUCACCAUGCACAUCAUGUUUUCCCCCUGGCUCCACAUUUACUAGCUAAACAGAGGGGAAAAUGGAGCUAAACGGCCUCAGUGUUUGAGCUGUUUCAGCAGCAGCUUCUCCACAUUUAGUUUAGACCGAGUAUAAAAGAGUAAAACAUCCACGACGUGGUUGGCGGGCACACAUCCUCCAUUAUGUCUGAUUGUGACCAGAUGCAUCAGUGACCUGUAAUUGUGCACCGAAACAAAGAUAACACCUUUUUAAAUGAGUUUGGUAAUUGUGCCUCACUUAUGCAUCAUCUUAGUGGGUGAGGCAUUAGUGGAGUUUUCCUCUCCACAGUCGCUGCAUGCUUGCUUAGUAUGAGGAUUGCUGUAAAGACUCUGACACUAGUCAGUGACUCGACGCGACCUGCUGGGUUCCUUAUAUAGGAAGCUUGUUACUGAUUGGCUCAAUGAGCUGACCUGUGUUGGAGUGUGUACUGUGUGACGGUCCGUGAGACGACUCUGGUCGUGAUUUGGUGCUUUAUAAAUAAACUUGAAUUGAAGUGAAUCAGCAGCGGUUCAAAAGUCAGAAAGGAUCUGUGUUUCUCUAAACUAUGUUCAUUCACAACGCUUCCAACAGCAGACAGGACAUGAAAUGGUCAUAAAUACUUUAAAACAGGGGUAGGGAACCCUGGUCCAUCAAAGGCCGCUAUCCAGCAUAUUUUAGUUUCAACCCUGCAUCAUCCCACCUGAUUCCAAUCAGCAGGUGAUUAACAGGCUUCUGCAGAGCCUGAGAAGCUGCAGAACAGGUGAAUCAACCACUGAAUCAGAAGGGUUGGAGCAGAGAAAUGCAGGACACCGGCCCUCGAGGACCAGGGUUCCCCACGCCUGCUUUAAAAUAUACAAAUGAUGUCUUCUUUAAGCAUCAGUCUGUCAGCUGUGCUGCUGAGAUGAACCCCCUCAGGCUCAACAUAAGCUUUGAUAAAAGGACGAACAACUAUGUCCUUCAGGGGAACUUCUGAGUAAAAAAUGCUCAUUGCUACGUGUGUGGAGUAAGCAGGCAGGUAGGUUUUAACGUUGCAGAUCUGCAACGCCUGCCUCCAGAGGGGUAACGUGUCCUAGAGGGUGAUGUGCAGACAUAUUUAGAAGUUAUGGAGUUGCAUAUGGGCCCUCUGUAGCCCACAAAGGCGUCGAACGAUCAAAUUCAAGCCGGGGCUUCUACAGAAGGCAUAAUUUAUCAACCAGAUUAAACAUUUUCAGCCUUGGACAUGGUGCAUGCAUAAAACAUGAGAAAUGAGAGCAUAAAUGUGGCAGUGGGUAUGGAGGAAAAGUUAAAGGACACAGUUUGCUUUCAUAACUGGCAAUUAAAACAUUUAAAUACCUUAUCAAGUCUUUUAGGGGAAACUUGUGAAACUUGACUAGUGCACAGAAUUGAUAGCAUAGGGAGUUUAGCAUGUGGUUGCUAACCAGAGUUAGUGUCUGUGGAAAAAUCCUGACUGAAGUGACUGAUGUGUUAUUAUUUACCAGUGUGUGUAAUGAAAACGCGUGUCAUAAGAACUAAUGACAACAUAGUCAUAGAGACCAAAGCCUCUUGCUGCUACCUUAAAACAGUGCUAAUCUGGAACAUUUUACAGUGCUAACACAUCUCCAAGCUGCCAUCCUUAGUGAUCUCCAUGUAAACAUCACCAGCAGCAACAACGUGUAGUUUUCCAGUGCAUCCAGGAGGCUGGGCAGCGGCAGCAACAUGCUGUUGGCUUUCAGAUUAACCAGCAGCUCAGUGCCUUUAACAUACAUGUUUAAAUAUUAGCAGAGCCACAUAAGAUAAAUAAGGCUAAGCUACACUCACCCGGUGGCCAACAUGAGUGCUCUACUGACAGGCCUUUCACGCUAGGUCAGCUCAGACUGGGUCAGGUGGGGUUUAUGUGUGUCUCUAUGUGAUGCUCAUGCAGAACUGACCACGUUUUGGGCCUGCUUUCCUGCCGUCCAUGUUCUGCUGACUCAACACACCCACCUAUGGACUGGUUGGCUGGCUGAGGUUACGUCACUCUGAUGCUUGGUGGGAACCUUUGAUGUGCGUGGGUAGAAUCAGCCGGCGGCGGCUUCCCACAUGUGCAAUGAUUAGGAAUGUGGGUGCAGGAGAGUAAACAUCUUCUCUGACAGCAGCACGAGGACUGACUGUCUGCUGUGAGCACUCUUGGAGCCCACAGCAACACUGCUGCUCGUUCAGAAGAGUAGGAAGCUGUGUGCUUCAUGUCUGAGUCUCCAAAAGCAUCACUGCUCAUGCCUGCUUCUACUCACCUCCAUGACCAAGUUUCUGAGAAGGCUGUGUAAAAAC